AUGAAAUUGCAGAGUUCAGUUCUGACGAGCAGGUGCACUGAUGACGAGAGUGCAAUUAACAAAAUCGUAAAAGAUUCGGGCCCAUACGUCUUUGGAGUGGUUCUGGCUUCUAAAUUGGCAGUGAAUUCACAGUGGAUUGUUAAUGGCAAAGCAGAGGCCGGUUGUAACGAAUUCGGACUCACGUUGCUCUAUGAUGAGGCUCGACAAAAUUUCCUGAAAGGAUACUAUCCAUGCAAGGAGAAGGAUACCGUAUACUUGGCAGCGAUUUCGACAAAGAUUCUGUACGGGAACACGGCUAAAUUGAGGAUGGCUGAGCAUGGACCAAGAGGAGAAGGAGGAGAGACGAAUAUUGUUGCGGGAAAAUUGGCUCGGCCACGCCCACCUAGUAAUGACCAGUGCCUUUUGGAAGAGCGAAGGGGAUUGUGA